AUGGGUAAGGAAACAUUCAUGGAACGCGGCGUAUUACUACCAACAGGUGGUUACACAGUGAUUGGUAAUGUUCGCGAGGGCACAAAUUACAUCGAAGUACCGCUCGCGAACAUAAAAUGUAAGCUGGAGCGUCUCGUAACAUUGGAUCGCCAGUUGGGUGAAUCAAGCGGGCGCACCGGAUCGUUGCUUCUUACCGAAGGCUCACAUUCACAGUUGGACCGGUCACACGAAGGGUAUAUCGGCGAUUCGAUUCUUCCCGGUGUUCGCUCAUCUGCUACUCUGCGUUCGCACCUGCUCCCUUUCUGGAAGGCGACCGAGUUCCGCUCUUUUUUUCACUAUAUCAGCAUUAUUAUUUAUAAGGAUUUCAUGUACGAAGAUGCGUUCAAACAUAAUUUACUUUAUUUUUCCAGCAUAACUAUAUUUUCUACAACAGCACACAGAUCCAACUGGGCGCUUGCGGGAAGGAUUCUUAAAUUGUUUGUGAAAACGUUUAAAUUUCAUUACGGUCGAUCCAAUUUAGUAAGUAAUGUACACAAUCUUCUAUAUGUGUACAGGGAUGUUAUGAUACAUGGCCCGCUGGAUAUUUUUUCUGCAUUUUGUUUUGAGAACCAUUUGCAAUUUCUUAACCCUCAUCGGGUUAAGCGCUGUGUGACUUCUGGAAACAGAUGUUUGGAGCAAGUGGCAAGCAGAUCGCGUGACUUUGCUUCGAUACAUAAAGCUACAUCCAUUCGCUGUUCCGAUACGUAUCCCAAAUUAACAAAAACAGCGAUAGGGAUUCAGUUAACCAAGAUUUUUUUGUUAAUGCCAAACAUGAAGGAUCAAUGGUUCAUGACCCGCUCCUUCGGCAUAGUCAAAUUUUUAAAAGUCCAUAAAAAUCCGGAUGGUUCGUUUAUGUUGAUAGGUAAACUGUUUAAUAAUAAGGAGGAAUUAUUUGAAAUAGAUACAGCGGAUGAUACUGGGCCGAUUCGGUUUUCCUCAAGUAUCUUGCACAUGUAUAAAGUAAAUGUAAAUACCCCAGUAAGAAUGGUCAAAAUUGCUUGUACCGCUGUCUUAUGUAAAUUAGUGUGCGUACCUUUACCCCAUCGCUCACUGUCGCGUUAUAAAUUUGAUCCCAACCAAAAACAAACGAGCAGCCCCGCUGUGGCUAUCAACGUGUCAGCAGGGGCCGAAAACGCCGGCUAUCUCUGA